UCAGCUCCCAAUCGCUCUCAACGACCGGCAACAUGGUGCUUCUGGGGCCCUCCGCUCCUUUACUGCGGAGCCACGCCCCGCGACUAUCAAGGGAAUUCUUCACCUGCCGCCCAUGCAUCAUCCGAACUCAAACCUAUGCAUCCACCUCCGCUUUCCGCAAGCCUUUCUUUGCGCCGGGCAAUGCCGUCAACACAAUUUCACUGCGCGCCAGAGCUAGAAGCGCUUUUGCUUCUACUCUAAGAAGCUAUGCCUCCAAGGCCUCCAAGUCCCCCAAGCCGGCCAAUCCUCCCAAGCCUGCCCAGACUCCCAAGGCCGCCAAUUCUCCGAAGCCCGCCAAGUCUGCUCAGGCUGCAGCAGCAGCAUCUAAGCCAGAAGCGAAACGGUUCUUUCCCGAUCUCACGGAUAAAAAGGUAGCCUACUGGCUGUUGGCCAGUGCUGCUAGCGUCUUUGGCAUUGUCGUUUUCGGAGGUCUUACCCGCUUGACAGAAUCAGGUCUGAGUAUCACAGAAUGGCGUCCCGUCACCGGAUCUAUUCCUCCCAUGAACGACGAAGACUGGGAGUCCGAAUUCUCCAAGUACCGCGCCUCCCCGGAAUUCCAACUUCUGAACCCGAACAUGACGCUCUCCGAAUUCAAGUCGAUCUACUACAUGGAAUGGAUCCACCGUCUCUGGGGUCGUUUUGUCGGUCUGUCGUUCGUGCUCCCGGCUAUCUAUUUUGUUGCGAGGAAGAAGGUUAGCAAGCCGAUGACCUUGCGCCUUGCUGGUAUUGCAGGCUUGAUCGGUUUCCAAGGAUUCAUCGGGUGGUGGAUGGUUGCGUCUGGACUCAAGGAAGAUCUCUUUGCCCCCGGCAGCCACCCUCGUGUCAGCCAGUAUCGCCUCACCGCGCACCUUGGCGCUGCCUUUGUCUGCUACACUGCUAUGCUUUGGAAUGGUCUUGCUAUCCUGCGCUCUCACCGACUUCUUGCCGAUCCGAUCAAGGGUGUAAAGGAACUCAAAAGACUCCAUAGACCCGUCCUGAAAUUCUUCCGCCGCUCCGUGGCCGGGUUGGCUGCUCUGGUCUUUGUUACCGCCAUGUCUGGUGCUCUCGUCGCCGGUCUGGACGCCGGUCUCAUCUACAACGAAUUCCCCUACAUGGGCAACGGACUCACGCCUCCCAAGGCUGAGCUUCUGGACCCGCGCUACUCUCAGCGCGAAGACCGCUCGGAUCUCUGGUGGCGCAACAUGCUGGAGAACCCAUCAUUGGUCCAGCUGGACCACCGCAUUCUUGCGCUGACUACCUUCACCAGCAUCAUGGCCCUGUGGGCCUACAGCAAGAGGGCCCACGUGAAGUGGACCUUGGGCCGCGCGGCUAAGAGAGGCGUGCACGGCGUGGUGGCUUUGGCCUGCUGCCAAGUCGGUCUCGGUAUCUCGACCCUGCUUUACCUGGUCCCUACUCCCCUGGCCUCGGCUCAUCAGGCAGGAAGUCUCCUCCUGCUCACUUGGGUUCUUGUUCUGGGCAGCCGUGUUUGGCGCCCAACUCGGACUUACAAGCUGCUCCAGGCUGCAAAGGCAGCACAGUUAGCGAAGAUUCCGCCACCGGCUGCUCUUGCUACUAAAGUUGCCAAAGCGUCGAAAAAGCCCCUGCCCCCGGUGACCCCUUAAAGAUACGUGGUCCGGGGAAUUUGUUUGACGAAAGACAUGCAUAUGUAUGGGGCAACCCCCCCAACUCUGCCACUGCGGUUAUAUGGCUAGGGCUGGUUCCUCGAUUUGUUUCUUGUAUUCUGAUCUAUAAUCCACCAUCCUCUCUACUUUUCGGAUCUGUACUGUGUUGUUAUUUUCAUUUUCUGUACACUAAACAUUGCAUUUAUCAAGCUAUCUGACAGACGUC